CCUGCCCAGCAGCGGCACGCUCAGAGAAGUCUCUGGAAUUUUCUGGGCAAUUAGGAACAAGAAGACAGUCUGGGCUAGCAGGACGUUGAUAGAGACCGUGCAUUUCUGGCCACCAGCUAGAGGGAGCAAGCUGUGAGAGAACAAUCUCUGGCAGCCAUACAUGUUCGGAAGGGACCCGCAGGAUUUCUACGCCUGCAAAAUCGUCCUUGCUGAAGUUGAGCCGAUAGUCUUGCCAUUCCUAAGAAGUGGGGACAAAAGGAGCUGGGGACCGAACAAGAUUUAUUUAUUUAUUAUGAGUACACUGUAACUGUCUUCAGACACACCAGAAGAGGGCAUCCGAUCCCAUUACAGAUGGCUGUCAGCCACCAUGUGGUUGCUGGGAUUUGAACUCAGGACCUCUGGAAGAGUGGUCAGUGCUCUUAACUGCUGAGCCAUCUCUCCAGCACCAAUGGUUGUUAUUAUUAUUAUUAUUUAUUCAUUUUUACAAAAGUGCUGGGAUUAAAGAUGUGCAGCUGAGCAUCUGACCUAGGUAAUGUAUCCCUUUCCUGUAGCUUAUAUCUGAAGACCAAUAGCAGCACAGUAAAAAAAAAAUCUUCAAAGGUUCCCCAUAAUAGCUUCUACCAAUGCAACCUUCUGUCUCAUCUCCUGAUACUUAGUUCACAUAGCAAAUUAUAUAAGUGGCAAGUCUAUGAAUUAGUUGCAUCUGACUUAUGUCUACCCAAUGUCCAGUCAUCAGCAGUAAGCAGAGAGGGGCCGGCUCAUGUCCAUGAUACCCUUUCUGGGUAGGUCAGAUCUUUAAUCAUUAGAUGGGGCAGUGGCCCCACAAACAUGGCUGACUUUCUGUAAUAGACAACUAACCCAGGCUUGCAAAAUCAAAAUAGAGUUUCCAGAGGAAUGGGUUUCAAGCUGGGCCUUGCCAGAUGUGUAAGAAGACAAUGAGUGAAAGUCCAGUAUGAGAGCAAAUGAUCAGGAGAGGGCAAAGCACUGAACAAUGGGGAUGAGUAGGUAGGGGGGCAAACUUCAGGUCACCUCCUGAGAGCUGUCAGGAGGCACUGGUGAGUUCUAGUAGUUGAAAGAUUAGCAAAUUUGCACUUCUCCCAUGGGAAAUAGAAGUGAAGUUAGAAAACUCAGAAGCCAACCAGGCUACUGCAGCAAAAGAGUGUGUUGGACUGGGGAGUGGGAGAGGGAAGGAUUUGAAAGAGUCCAGAGUUAAGAUUAGGACUCCAUAGCAGGGUGAGUGCUAAGGGAGAUGUAGUACCAGGAGUGUUUAAAUGGACCAGUAACUGAAUAGUGUGGAGAACAGAGGAGGAGACGCUACUUUCUUUGUGGGAGGCUCUCUUGUUUGGUUUGAGAUAAGGUCUCGGCAUACAGUGCAGGAUGGCUCUGAACUCAUGCUCUUCCCACCUCUGCUUUCCGUGGAUUGGUAUUAUAGACAGUCCUGUGCCUCAUGGCCAGCAGAUGCAGCUGUUUGCAUAAUGAACUCCUUUUAAUGUACUUGAGGUUUGGAUGUUAGCUUGCUGUUUUGUUUAAUGGGAAGGGUCUUCUCUUUUGUAGCCCAAACUGGCUUCAAACCCAUGACCUUCCUGUCAGAACCUCUCAGUGAUAUACACUGUUUUCACACUUGAACAUGUAGGAAGAGAGGCAAUCUAAUGUUAAGUAUUUAGGCCUCAGGAAAUGGGGUCUAGAGUAGAGACAAAGACUUAAGUCUAGGACAGAAGUGGUGAUUGAAUGCACAGCAAAGUAUAUCCCAGGCACUUAUGGGGUUAUGUAACAAAUCCUAUGAAUUCUCUGGAAGCAGGUUUACUGCUCCAGAAAGCUAGAGGAAGCGGGAGCCACAGAGGAGUCUAAGGACCAACCACACAGGUAAGAGAGAAAGCAAGAAAAUGAGUAUCAGUUGUCACAUACAUCUGAGGGAUGUAUGUCACAUACAUACAGAGGGAAUAGCUCUGAGCAUGGAGACUGUAAAUGGUUUAGAGUAUCAGGAAGUGCCCACAGGAGGCAGAUAGAGGGUGCCCCAGACUGGCGGGCAGGGGGCAGGGGGUUCAGCUUAGGGUAGGAGAGGUGGCAGUGCAGUGUAAGGAAGCAGAAAAGAGGAAUUGAACAUCUCUAAGAACUGCUAUGGCAAAGAGAGGGUAGCAUGCAAAGGGGCGUUUGAAUGCUGAUGGUUGGUGGCUGCAGUCUCUAGAUCUCUCCAGGGUGGAAGGAAAAUGAGAGUGUAAAGCCAAAAGGAGGGCUUUGGGGAAAGCUGUGGAGAGAGGAGAUAAGAGCCUGUGCCCUCAAGGGAGACUGUUCCCUGGGUCACAGGAGCUCAUUAUCAGGUUGUCACUUCCUCCCCAUCUCUAUCUCCUUCCUGCCCUUGGCCUGGCUCUCCUUGGAGCUAGUAGAGAGGAGGACCGAGUCAUACCCUGGAAGAAGCUCUGUGCCUUCGGAGGUCUUUCUGCCUGACUGUUCACAUGGCUCUCCUCAUCUUGCUGUUCCUGCUGCCAAGUCCCUUACACUCCCAGCCCACUUGUGAUGUCUCCAAAGUGACCAGCCUGCUGGAAGUAAACUGUGAGGACAAGAAGCUGAAAAAAUUGCCUACAGACCUGCCAGCCGACACAGGCAUCCUCCACCUGAGCAAGAACCAACUGGGCACCUUCUCCACAUCAUACCUGGUGCAUUUCACUCACCUUACUCACCUGUACCUGAGUAGAUGUGAGCUGACCAGCCUGCAGGCCCAUGAGAAACUGUUAAAGCUGGAAACCCUGGACUUAUCCCACAAUCACCUGCAAAGUCUGCCCUCCCUAGGACGGGCACUGCCUGCACUCACUACUCUAGACGUCUCCUUCAACAAGCUGGGUUCACUGUCUCCUGGUGCCCUGGAAGGCCUGGGCCAACUCGAGGAACUCUACUUGCAGAACAAUGAUCUUAAGAGUCUGCCCCCUGGGCUCUUAAUGCCCACAACUAAGCUGUUGAAACUCAGUCUGGCCAACAACAAACUUCGUGAGCUGCCCCCUGGGCUCCUAGAUGGACUAGAGGAUCUUGACACCCUCUACCUUCAAGGGAACUGGCUCAGCACAAUACCAAAGGGCUUCUUUGGGUCCCUCCUCUUGCCUUUUGUUUUUCUCCAUGCCAACACCUGGUACUGUGAUUGUGAAAUCCUCUACUUCCGUAACUGGCUCCAAGAAAACCCCAACCGUGUCUACUUAUGGAAGGAGGGUGUAGAUGUCAAGGCCAUGACUGCUAACGUGGCCAGUGUACGAUGUGCCAAUUUGGGCAAUGCGCCUGUCUACUCCUACCCAGGGAAGGGCUGCCCUACCAAUGAGGGUGACAUAGACUAUGAUGACUAUGCUGAUACCCCUACCACAAGGACUGAGGUGAAGUUCUCUACUAACACUAAAGCUCAUACUACCUACUGGGGCCUAUUCUACUCAGAGUCUUCCACUUCUCCAGACAGCCAAAUGACUUCUUUGCCUCCCAUCCACGAACCCACUAAGAAACAACCUACAUUUGCCCACACAGAGAUCCCAGGUUUCACCACACUCCCAGAUACCAUGGAAUCCAACACAGCCUUCUACAGUCUAAACAAUACUGUACCCACCACCACCCCAGAGCCCACCUCCACCCAGGCUACCCCAGAGCCCAGCAGCACCCCAAUGCUUACCACUCCUGUGCCUACCCCAGAGCCCAGCAGCAUCCCAAUGCUUACCGUUCCUGUGUCUACCCCAGAGCCCAGCAGCACCCCAAUGCUUACCACUCCCGUGUCUACCCCAGAGCCCAGCAGCAUCCCAAUGCCUACCAUUCCCGUGCCUACCCCAGAGCCCAGCAGCAUCCCAAUGCCUACCAUUCCCGUGCCUACCCCAGAGCCCAGCAGCACCCCAAUGCCUACCAUUCCUGUGCCUACCCCAGAGCCCAGCAGCACCCCAAUGUUUACCACACCUGUGCCUACCCCAGAGCCCAGCAGUACCCCAAUGCUUACCACUCCCACCCUGACUACCCCAGAGUCCAGCAGCACCCCAAGUAUUCUAGUGUCUACUAUCCCCCCAGUGCUCACUACCACCCUGGCCCCUCCAGAGUCUAUCCCAAAGACCGUUUUAGAACAAUUUUAUACCCUAGAGCCCACUUUACCCCGUACCUUAGAAUCCACAAUAAUAAUCCCAGAGCAGAAUAGUCUAAAUUCCCAAGCGGUGCCUCAAGCAAGUUCUGAUACUCCUAAAAGCAAUCCUUUUCUCAACUCUGACUUCUGUUGCCUCCUCCCCCUGGGCUUCUAUGUUCUGGGUCUCCUCUGGCUCUUAUUUGCCUCUGUGGUCCUCAUUGUGUUGCUGACCUGGAUCUGGCAUGUGACACCGCACAAUCUAGACAUGGACCAAUCUGCUGCACUGGCCACAAGCACACACACCACAAGCCUGGAAAUGCAGAGAGCAAGGCAAGUAACUAUGCCCUGGGCCUGGCUGCUCUCCCUUCAAGGAUCACUCCCUACUUUCCGGUCUAGCCUUUUCCUGUGGGUAAGGCCUAAUGGGCGUGUGGGGCCUCUGGUAGCAGGACGGAGACCCUCAGCUCUGAGUCAGGGUCAUGGUCAGGACCUAUUGGGCAGAGUGGGUAUUAGGUACUCAGGCCACAGUCUGUGACAGUGAAUGCUAAGACUUUACUGGACUCUCCUAGGACCUAGCUAGGACAGGAGGUUGAGAGCAUUACAGGACCUCCUAUUUACUUCUCGUUUAUCUGAAGCCCCUUCUUUACAUCUAGGCACCCAAAUCCAAACCUUACAAAUCAAGAGGUAGUGAGGUGAUGUAUCCCUGUGGUCACAGGACCAACCUCCCUCCGUUGCUUAGAGCAUUGCCAGGCUACAUGGUCACUACCACUUUGUGGGGGGAAAAAAGAGCUGGAAAAAGCAGAUAGGAAUAGUGUGGCUCCCAAAUGUUCACCCAUGGAAGAAAACGUGGAAAGUCAUUCAUCAGGAUGGGAGCACUACCCCUAAGUAUCAUGAGUACUUUUCCCUUGGUUAACACUCUGGUUUUCUACCAGUGUUAUCAUUUGUAUAAUAAAACUAUUUUUUAAAAGAAGAUGUAGCUUUUUGGAGGGAAUGGGAAUGGCUGAAGCACCUGUUCUAAGAAUUCCCAAAGUCUCAACUGCCACCACCCUAAUCCCAAAUACCCAACAACCUCUGGUUGUAGCUGAGGGUGGUCAGGUAGGACACCUCCACUUUAGUGAUUCAUAUCCUGCAGGGUUUGGCUACCCACCAGGGUACUUCAAGUAUCAACUCCAGAAUAGAAAAUGUUCUACAGCUGAGAGGCAGAGCUAAAGACUGCCUGCCCACCGCAGAGGUGGGUAUGUUCCCCACACCCACAACCUUUAGAACACAACUCUCUUGCCGGCCAGGUCAGUGUGACUGGGAAAGGGUGUGGCAGCCUGUUGGAUUUGACUGUAGUCUUAAGUCUCAUGCUUUCAAAGCUGGAUGUAAUAGCAUCUCUCCCAAAAUUCCACCAAUUCUCCCAGCGAGGCCUUGUUCCGUACCCCAUUUUAGUUUAAUCCAGGCUUGGGGCCCAGAUGAAGGAAGGUUGCAUUUUUCUGGGUCUACAGAAUACCCUUUUUCAGAUGAUUCUAGAUUUUUCUGUGAACCUGACUGAAUCUCUUUCCAAACUCUUCCAAGUAAAGGACAAAUCUUAGAGAGGUUAGCCAUCAAAGACUUCUCUUCAUGGACUUUACCUACCAGUCCAGCUUCCUCUCUCAAGGUAUCGUGUACCUGAACCUCUACAAAUGUGUCAUGGGUCACUGUGCCAACAGUUCUCUUCUGCGCCCAUUCUCACUUCAGCUACGAGUUCUAGCUCUUUAGCCUAUCUCACCACCAUGAACAAGUCUCUCUCCUAAGCAGUCAGGGUGCAGUCCACUACUAUAGCCAUUUCCAAAUGUUCCCGCCAUCUUCUUGAUGGAGUUUAAACUUAAGGUGCAGGCUUCAUAUGCCUCCAGGUAGCACCUUGAGUAACCUAAGACACAGUGUGCUGGAAUUAAGGAAAGUAGCAACAGAGGUACCAGGAUGCUGCACUACCAUCUCUUUGUGUUAAGGCUCUGCCAAGGGGACAGCUUGCACCUGCUGCCUGCCUGUUCUCUGGCCUGGCACCUAGCCCCAGCCCCCCCCCCCCCCGGCUGCCUAGCACUUCUUCUGGUUUGACCUUCCCAUAGCUCUUUAUAGAAGUCUGUAGGAUUCUUGAAGGCCUGGUAAACACACGUCUUAAGAAAUGAAUGAAGAGGGUUGGGGAUUUAGCUCAGUGGUAGAGCGCUUGCCUAGGAAGCGCAAGGCCCUGGGUUCAAUCCCCAGCUCCGAAAAAAAAAACCAAAAAAAAAAAAAAAAAAAAAAAUGAAGAAAAUCACUUUCCCUAACCAACCCAGUUUCUGAAUAAUAUUCUUCUUUUGCCUCAAUCCUUGGGUUUGACUCCAGUGUGUUCCCUUAAGAGCUCUCACUCAACCACUGUGCUUCUAGCCCACCGAAGUCCAUGGUUUUUGUUUGUUUGUUUUGUUUUUCUUCAAGACAUGGUUUCUGUGUCCCUGGCUGUCCUGGAAUUCACUUUGUAGACUAGGCUGGUCUUGAACUCAAAAUAUGCCUCCUGGGUGCUGGGAUAAUAGGUGUGAACCACUAUGCCCUGCUCCAACUUAGACUUGUUAUCCCUUCCCUCUUUUUGCUGAAAAGACGGAUCCCAGAGACUUCUCCUGAGAACUGUGAUGUAAUUUGUGAGUCAGCUGCAUUUUGGGGCAAUGGCUUGAAAGCAUGCACAUGCACAAGGCCCAGUUUUCUUUCUUCUUUUUUUUUUCCUGUCAGCUGUUGAGUUACGACUUACUUAAAUAGCAUUUUCAUAAAACUGGUAGGUGAUUUUCUUUAAUAAUUUUGUUAAAAACUCCAGUUUUUUUCCCAGAGAUAUCAGCUUCUUUAUGCAGCUAGCUCCCCCUCUGAUCCUCAAGACUAUCCAGAUUUAGGGUUGGGGUUAUCAAUCCAAUUUAUUAAGUCCUCAGGGAGGAGGAAGGCCACAUCCUUCCAUCAUAGACCCUUUGGCCAUCUUGACAGUUUCUGCUUUCUCCUGUCUACUCAGAUCUGCCUUUGAUUCCUCAGAGAGAGGGAUCUGCUGUCUUGUGUGCCCUGAAAUUAACACCCAAAAAGAGACUAGAAAUCCUCAGGGUGUUUCUUAGGUCUCCUCAGGAACAGCCAGGGACAGAAUGAUCCUAAGUAUCAGGCCAGGCACAGCAAGCUGGAGCAGGGGUAGAACAGACUAAAGUUCUUUACCACAAAGGAGGGGACCACACUGUAGAGGGAAAAUAAAUAGAAUAGCCCAGGGUAGCAGAAUCCAGGCCCCCCAGGGCACAGCAACUGUAAU